AAGUCUAGGUCUGCCUACAGGAGAAAAUUAGUUGAAUAAUUACGAUAAAAAUGCACACGAUUAAGCUCUUUCUUUUUAUUGUUCCUCUAGUUAUUUCUUCCAAAAUUGACCAAGACUAUUCAUCAUAUGAUUCUAUGUCUCCAGAGCCAAAAUCAAGAUUUGCUAUGUUAGAUGAUGUAAAAAUUUUAGCCAAUGGCCUCCUUCAGUUAGGACAUGGUCUUAAAGACUUUGUCCAUAAGACUAAGGGCCAAAUUAAUGACAUAUUUCAAAAACUCAACAUAUUUGAUCAGUCUUUUUAUGACCUAUCACUGCAAACCAAUGAAAUCAAAGAAGAAGAAAAGGAACUUAGAAGAACUACAUUCAAACUACAAGUCAAGAAUGAAGAAGUAAAGAAUAUGUCACUUGAACUCACCUCAAAACUUGAAAGCCUCCUAGAAGAAAAAAAUCUACUUCAUCAAAAAGUGAAAUAUUUGGAGAAGCAAUUAACCAGUUUAACUAAAAAUCAACCUGAAAUCCAGGAACACCCAGAAAUAACUUCACUUAAAAAUUUUGUAGAACAGCAAGAUAACAGCAUCAAAGACCUUCUCCAGACCGUGGAGGAACAAUACAGACAAUUAAAUCAACAGCAUAGUCAAAUAAAAGAAAUAGAAAACCAGCUAAGAAGAACUGGUGUUCAAGAAUCCACAGAAAAUUCUCUUUCUUCUAAACCAAGGGCACCAAGAACUACCCCUUUUCUUCACUUGAAUGAAACAAAAAUUGUAGAACAUGAUGACAUUCCUGCUAAUUGUACCACCAUUUAUAACAGAGGUGAACAUACAAGUGGCAUCUACUCCAUUAGACCCAGCAACUCUCAAGCUUUUAAUGUCUACUGUGAUGUUAAAGCAGGUAGUUCAUGGACAGUGAUUCAACACCGAAUAGAUGGAUCACAAAACUUCAAUGAAACUUGGGAAAACUACAGAUAUGGUUUUGGGAGGCUUGACGGAGAAUUUUGGUUGGGUCUAGAGAAGAUAUAUUCCAUAGUAAAGCAAUCUAAUUACGUCUUACGAAUUGAACUAGAAGACUGGAAAGACAACAAGCAUUAUAUCGAAUAUUCCUUUCACUUGGGGGAUCAUGAAACCAACUAUACAUUACACCUAGUUGAGAUUACUGGCAAUGUCCCCAACGCACUCCCGGAACACAAAGAUUUGGCAUUUUCUACUUGGGAUCAUAAAGCAAAAGGACAUGUCAACUGUCCAGAAAGUUAUUCAGGAGGCUGGUGGUGUCACGAUGUAUGUGGGGAAAACAACCUGAAUGGUAAAUAUAACAAGCCAAGAGCAAAAACUAAGCCAGAGAGGAGAAGAGGAAUAUAUUGGAAGUCUCAAAAUGGAAGGUUGUACUCUAUCAAAUCAACUAAAAUGUUGAUCCAUCCAACAGAUUCAGAAAGCUCUGAAUGAACUGAGACAAAUUAAAGAGCCAACAAAUCAAACAUUAAAUUCAUCUGGAAUUACUGUGGUUUAAUAAUCUGAUAUUAAAUCCCUAACACAAGGAUUCAGAAAUAGACUCUUGAUUUUAAAGCCACUAUCAACUUGAAAGUAAACAUACCAUCAAAUCACCUCAAAGAACACCAUUUAUCUUUCCCAAUCAAAAUUCUUAUAUCAUUUAUACAUAUAUUUUGUGAUAUGAGUAUCAGUUUUAUAUAGUCACAAUCCAAAUUUUAACCAAUGGGUGAAUUUUUAAGUAAUUUUUUUAAAAUAAAAAACUUACAAGGACUUUUAUUUUAAAAGGCAUCAUGUAAGCUAAUUUUACAACUUCCUCAGUUAAAAAAAUUUUCUUGCCAAAAUUCUGAACUUGAAUAAAUAUAAAAGACUGAUAAUUGUAUAGUUCCUAGAUUCUGUAAUAUUAUUAAUUUAAAAAUUAAAAUUCAGUCAGUUCAGAGUACACAUGAAAAUCUGUAAUACUAAUUUUAAAACUGAUGUUUCAUUUUGCUACAACAAAAUGUGAAACAAAUGUUUGGUAUGCUUUAUUUAGGAAGUCAAAUGAAGCAGGAUAUAAUACUAUAUUGAAGUAGAUUAACUGUCUUAAAUGCAGUAGAUCAUGAUUAUUAGGUCAUAUUGACUUUAAUAUCAGGUAUCACUGUAUCGUAACAUAUUUGUUAACUUAUGUAUAUACUGCAUACAUUUUAUAUGUUUUAACACUUAAUGAUGUGAAAACAAUUUAAAGGGAUCUUGUCAGAAAGUAAUGAGAAAGAAUGUAUUUGCAGCAUCAAGUUAAAGUUUAAUAAUUUAUUCUCCCUGGGCACAGUAUGAGUCUAAUACGUUUGUGUAGGUUGUCAUAUAGAACUAAAAAUCAUAACAAGUUGUUGAAUGUUUAAACAGCCUGACAGAUGUGUAUGUACAUUUUCAAAUUCAAUAAAGACUCAUCCCUUAAUAUAUAGAAAUUUAAA